AUGAUUUCUGUCUUUCGGCCUUUUGGCCCUUUGGUCUUUUGUUCUUUUUGUUUUUUUUUUUUCAUUUACAAGUUUUCUCUCUUUUCUCUCUUUCCAACAUUUAUUAUAUUCACAGAUUUUCUUGACACUCGUGUUUUGUUACCUUCUGAUGCAUCCCCUUCACAAUGUCCAUCCGGAUUAGCUAAGGCCAUAUCGCCGAAAUUACUCUCUACUAUUAAACACGGUUAUGAACACGAUGAACCUCUCUCUCAUGAGCACAUCGCGAAUCAAGAACUUUCAUUUCAUACGAGUGUCAUUGACAUGACAAUAUCAGCGCCUCCUAUGUACUCUCUUGGUCUGCAAAUAAAUCCUUUUGCUUCGGGUAGUAUAUUGAGUACUAUGGUUCGCAUUCAUGACGCCUUUUCUUUUUGUCUCUGUGCAUGUGGGAAAACCCCAUAUACAGAAAAUGCAAACACAUCCUACUAUCCUGCUGUUAUGACCUUUUCCUAUGUUCAAAAGUUGGUCUUCCCACCUAUGAAUAUUUUCAUCGGCGAACGUAAAAAAUUUUUAGAAGUUGAUUAUUUUUUACAGAACUUUACAGUAUGGAUAGAAAAUAAAAACCUUGAAUUCCAAGAUCUUUAA